GCUGCUGAGGAGCCACAUGGUCCGUCCCUGGAUUCUCCAAGCACUGACUGCCCAUCCACUCUGACCACAGCCAGGGGCCACAUCCCACUGCCUGCCCAGCGUCCAUCCAUGGAGGUGACCACCGUGUCCCCAUCUGCUGCCUCACCCACUGCAAGGGAUGAUCUGUGUGAGACAGAUGUCACCAGAGUGGCCAUACACAGUGUGACAGUGGUUUUCUGCCUCUGUGGGCUGGCUGGGAACAGGGCUGUCAUCGGCCUCCUCAGCCUGAAAAUUGGUAAUUGUCACUUCUUUUACAUGGCAUUCAUUGACUUCCUCUUCCUCCUCUUUGCAGUCCCCUCCGCCAUCCUCAUCCUGGUGGAGGACGUGUCCUGCUGUCCUAUCAUGCCCUUUAUGUAUAUGAACUUCAUUUUCCAGCUGUCAGUGGUCUCCUACUAUAAGGCACGGAUAUCUAGAAUGACUGUGCUGUAUAUAGACAAGCUCUCCUGGCUCUGCUGCCACUGCCACCUUCCCGAGCGCCUGUUGUGGGUGCUGGACAGUUUCCGAUACUGGGCCUUCUUUGCUCUCUUUGCUGUCAUUCCCUCAGUGAUAUUCCUGUGCCCAUCACAUGAGCCGGAGCACUACCGGGCAGCUCUCAUUUCCUUGUUCACCCUCAUCCUGCUCCUCUUUGCUGCAUCCGUGGCCAUUUCUGGCACAAAUGGCUUCAUGAAGGCCAAGUGGGUCUCUCAGCAGCAGCAACCCAAGAAGCGUGACAUUGUUAUCCUCAUAAUUGUGGUCCUCGCUCUCCUUCUCACCAUCUGCAAUUUCCUGCAGCAGCUCGGUUACCUCACUAGGUCCUCUCAGGUUGUUUUCCUGCUCGCCUGCAUCAACAGCCCCAUCAAACCCUUCAUCUGCUUCUUGGUAGGGAAGUGCAGGAGGCCCUGCUCUGUGCAGUCCCUCCGGCUCUCCCUCCAGAGCGUCUUGGAGGAGACAGAAGAAAACACUGCCCACAGCCAUGAUCCUGCCAUGGACACAGGGGUCUGA